CCACCCAGGGAGGGAGGGAGAUCCCAGGUGGGGAGCUGGAGAGGGAGGGAAUUAAGAGACAGAGAAUGAGAGGGAGGCCCUGGAGCCAGGCAAAGACUGAGGCGGAGGCACCCAGGACAGACCAGGAAAGCUAAGAGAGGGACUCAGAAGAGACACAAAAGAUAGAGGAAGGCAGAUUCUGUGACUCAGAUUAUGGAAAGGUAGGUUUAGAUAACCGGGAAGAGUCUGAGGUAGUGAGAAAGAAGAGCUUCAGAUAGAAACCAGUAGAUAAAAUUAGCAAGACUCAGAGAUGGGGGCAGCACUCAAUCCCAAAGAAACUCGGGUUUAAAAGGCUUGGUGAAGGGGGAAGAGAUGAGAGAGUGAGGAGAGCUUUGGGGGGAAUUGAGAAAAGCAGGUGCCGGGCCUUGGGAAAGGGAGGGGAGGUGGGUGAAGGAUAAUCGAGCCAGGACUGGAAGCAGUUGGGGAAGAGAUCACAAGUUAGAGGGCCCCAUGUCUCUGGUGUUGAGGGUCUCCCCAUAAAGGGGGUCAUGGGACCUUUGGAUCUCUGGAGCCUCCUGCUGUUGUUGCUGUUGCUACCCCCUAACCUGCCCCUGCCCCUCGGGGGGAACCUGCACAACCCAGCGCCGUCCGAGUGCUACCAGGUGAAUGGGGCGGACUACCGAGGCCGCCAGAACCGCACGGGGCCCCGCGGCAGUGGCCGGCCCUGCCUCUUCUGGGACCAAACACAACAGCACAGCUACAGCAGCAGCAAGGAUCCCCAGGGCCGCUGGGGACUCGGCGCACACAACUUCUGCCGGAAUCCAGAUGGAGAUGUACAGCCUUGGUGUUAUGUCGCGGAAACAGAGGAGGGGAUAUACUGGCGAUACUGCGACAUCCCCACAUGCCACAUGCCGGGCUACUUGGGCUGCUUUGUGGAUUCCGGGGCUCCCCCAGCUUUGAGUGGCCCCAGCGGUACCUCCACCAAACUCACAGUACAGGUCUGCCUGCGCUUCUGUCGCAUGAAGGGAUACCAGCUGGCUGGGGUGGAGGCCGGCUACGCUUGUUUCUGUGGCUCGGAGGGGGACCUGGCUCGGGGACGCCCGGCCCCAGCCACAGAUUGUGACCAGAUCUGCUUCGGCCACCCAGGACAACUGUGCGGUGGAGACGGGAGGCUGGGCAUCUAUGAAGUGUCCGUGGGCUCCUGCCAGGGAAAUUGGACUGCCCCCCAGGGUGUCAUCUACUCCCCGGAUUUUCCUGAUGAGUACGGUCCAGACCGCAACUGCAGCUGGAUUCUGGGUCCACCAGGAUCUGCUCUGGAGCUCACCUUCCGCCUCUUUGAGCUGGCUGACUCCAGAGAUCGGCUGGAGUUUCGGGAUGCUAGUUCGGGCCAGCUACUGAGGGACUUUGAUGGGACAAGGCCACCUCCCCCUGGGCCCCUGCGCCUUCCUACAGCUGCCCUCCUGGUUACCUUCCACAGCGACCCCCGAGGCCAUGCCCAGGGCUUCGCCCUCACCUACCGAGGGCUUUGGGAUCCUCUUGAGGACAUGGGAUCCCCUCAAAGCUUGGCCCAGACCUUGCCAGUCCCCAUGGAUGGAGCUAACUGCAGCACUGGGCCUGGGGAUCCGGACCCUGGAAUACGGGCUGGGGUCUUCUACGGGGUGACGGUGGUGUCUGUUUUGCUUCUGGUCCUCUUCUCCUUCUAUCGUCUGCUGCGGAAACGGAGCUGUAUGCUGGCACCAGGGAAGGGGCUGAUGGGGCGACUACUGGUGCUGGGGCCUGUCAGGGGAGCUGGGAGAAGCUGGGUCGUCUGGUAUCGCCGUCCCCGUGGGGUAGCUGUCCCCUGUACCACUGGAGACCCUACACCUGAGGGUCCAGCUCUGGGCUACCGGCCCCUCAGUGCCUCCAGUCAGAGCUCCCUACGAUCCCUCAUCUCUGCGCUCUGACCCAGACUGGCAACCCCAUUCUUGCCCCCAGAACCUUAGCUUCUGUGGGCAAAAUGCCACACAUACUCUGAAAUCUGCUCAUUUCAGACCAACCCAGGUUUUCUCACUGGCCCUAUCUCCUAUUCCUUCCACUGACUGCCUAAAAUGGAGACAUCUCAACAAGGAGAUAGUAACCUUGGACAUCUGCAGCCCCACUUGUGAGUGGGAAAUGGGGGGGCAGGGAGAUCAAAUAGGAAGUGGUCAAACCAUUGGCCUUGUUGGUGGAGCUCAGGAUGAUUAAAGUCUGACAGUAAUGAGAAAUACAGAACUGUGGACCCUCUACUCAGCUCCUGUAGGACUAUAUAACAGCAGCUGACAGAUGAUAGGUCCAGAAGUAAGGGGCAAUCCCUUAAUGUGACAAGAUCCAGGAUAUGUACUAAACUUGGGGGUAGGUCUGAGAUUCCUGGAAAAUGGUUCCCCCUUCAGGAAUCUCCAUAAACCUGAUGAAGAAGUCACAGGUCAAGAACAAGUGGACAAGGACCUGACCUAUAGAUUUUGAAUAAAGGGACAUAUUUUUGUACUGACCCUGGAGUAGUCCACUUCCUUGGGAAAGAGAGGAGAUGUGUUGAAGAAGUUAUGCACAAGAGGGGAAGGGAAUAUUCCAAGAGGGACAGACAUGGAAGAAUUGUUGGACAUAGGUCUGGAAUUAUUAUUAAAAGAGGGGAAAGGAGUUUAAGAGUAUAUGAAGUAUGGGGCUGGGGCAUGCAGAAAUCAUGCAAACAAAGGAUAUUGUUAGAAAUGAUGCAUAAGAAUGAAAGGAAAGGAAUAUAGGAGGCAAGGCAGGGUUUCAAUAAGACAGAAAGGGAAGGGACUCCAUGACCUUCACGGAUUGAACUCCUUCCUGACAGGCUGGGAAUCUUAACAAGAUUUGGUGUUAGAAACUUUCCUACAGCUGACACUAUCAUUACUAUUCUUCUUUGACUCUUCCCCCCCUCCCUUUUCUCUAUACUCUCUUCUCCUUCUUUCUCAUUUCUUACAUUUUCCCUCCUUUAUCUCCUUUCUAAUAAUAUUUAUAUAUGUACUCAUUAGAUUCUCACUGAAGCCCUAUGAGGUAGUACUAUUAUUAUCCUCAUUUUACAGAUGAAAAGAGAGGUGAAAUAGGUUACCUAGAGUAGGUAUAGCUAGUGUGUCUGAGGCAGGAUUUGAACUUGGGUUUUCCUGACUAGAAGUCUAGAAUUUUUUUUAAACCUUUUUAACCUUACCUUCCAUCUUAGAAUUAAUACUGGGUAUUUGUUCUAAGGCAGAAGAGUGGUAAGGGCUAGGCAAUGGGGGUUAAGUGACUUGCCCAAGGUCACACAGCUAGGAAGUGUCUGAGGUCAUAUUUUAACCCAGGACCUCCUGUCUCUGGGUCUGACUCUCAAUCCACUGAGCUACCCAGCAGCCCUUUGAAGUCUAGAAUUCUAUCCAUUAUACCACCUAACUGCUGCAGAACCCCUAACUUUUGUGUAAACCUCCAAAUUUUCAAAGCAUUUUAUAGAUGGAAAGGGUGGAGCAAGAUGACAAUAAAGUUAGUUGGAUUCACAAGUAACUGAAUGGCUAGACCUUUAGACAGUCAUUCAUUGCUCAAAGUUAGGAAGUCUCUAGUGAGUCAAUGACUUAAAUAAAAAUAUAAUAAUAAUUUACACUUAAAUAUACUUUUAAUAUUUUUAAACAACUUACAUCUUUUCUCUCAGAACCUAUCAACAACUCUGUGUGGUGAUCUUAUAGGGUAUGUGUCACUACAGAGGUCAAAUGACUUACUCACAAUCUUCUAAAUAGUCUCAAAAAUGGUAUCUAGAACCAAGAGCGUGGGUCUUCUUGAUUCCAAGUCUAGGACUCUAGCCAGUUUGAUAUGCUACCUCUCUAGGAUGGCAUUUUUUACGAAUUUACCAAAAUGGAAUGUAUAUAACAUUUAUAGACAUCACAAAGCUAGAAGAAACAACUAACAAAAUGGAUAACAUUGUUAGGCUCUAAAAAUAUUUCAGCAGAUCAGGCCAUUGGGCAAGAUUCAAUAAAAUGGCAUUUAAUCUUUUAAUAUAGAUAGAAGCAGUGAAUAUGGGGGGAUCUUCACUUGUAAGCCUGUUUAGAUAGGCUAAACCAAGUUGAGGGUAACUGACAGUCCUCAAACCCAUCAAUGAGUCAGAAGUUUGUUUACUCUAAGCAUGUGAAAACUUUCUCUGGUGGAAUAGGUGAAGGAGAACAGUUUGUUCUAAUGGCCAAGAGGUGCCUAAAAUAGGUGACGUUGGAGUACUUUAGAGCUUGGAUAUGGAAGAUACCACAGUCAUUCAUUUCUUCCCAGGCUAUCACCAGUCAUCCUGACUUUUCUUGCCAUUAGACUUCAAUGACUCUGGCAGAGUGAGGAAGGCUCAUGACUUUGGACAAUGCUGCCUCACGUAAAUCCAAAUCACAAACAAAUCAAAACAUUAUCCUGUGAUGUCAUUGGUCCUCUUUGAAAAAACAAAGGACCACCACCAGGUCUUUGAAUGAAAAAUAUAAAAAAGCACCCCAAAAAGGCGAUUCAGUCUUAAACUGCACAAUAAAUGUAUCAUGUCUAGGAAUAUAAUAAGAAAAAGAGCAUUUACGUAGCACCUAUGAUGUGUAAUAUUACAAAUAUCUCAUUUGAUCCUCACACCAAUUCUGGAAGGUAGGUACUAUUAUUAUCUCCAUUUUACAGUUGAGGAAACUGAGGUAAGCAGAGGUUAAGUGACUUGUCAAUGAUCACAGCUACAGAGUUAUGGCUGAGGCUAGAUUUAAACUUGGGUCUUCUUGAUUCUAGUCUUAGUGCUCUAAUCUACUGAACUACUUAGAUCACAAUUGGAGUAUUAUGUCCCAGAAACUACUUCUUAGGAAGCAUAUUUAAAAGAUGGAAACUGUCCAGAGGUAUGAAACUGUGAUAAUGAAGGACCUAAAGUCCAUGCCAUGUGAGGAUCAGUCUAAGGCAGAGGUUCUCAAAGUUGUUCUUUUUUAUUUUUUU